CCCUUGCUGGAAAGUUCAGUGGCGCAGACCAUAAGAGACUGGGUCCCUGCUGAUUUACAGGGACCAUGGAACAAUAGUUAUGGUAACCCGUUCCUAUUUGAAGAUUGGAGACCCUUUCUGGACCCGUUGGCAGAAGGAGACAGACACUUGUUUAUUGUUAAAUGCACCAAUAAAUCUUUCACCUGUUUUGAAGCAACAAAUUUCUUUGGACCGAAAGAGGAGCCAAAAGUCGAACCCUCACAUAGACCUUGAAACAUUUAGAGGCUACAAUGAACCUUGUGCAGAGUGUUCCGUUGUUGACUGGGGUAUUACAGAGGAAGGUAGAUUCUAUUGCAGAUCUUGCCACACUGUGAUAGAAAGAACCCGAGAAGUUAUAACUGGUGAUGCUACAUCAAAUGCCAGAGCACAGUCCAUUGCUAGAGGCUUAAAAAGAAAGAACAAAUUUGAUAAAGGCUGGGAAUGGUACAUCUGUGAAGGCUUUCAGUUCAUUCUUUGGAAACAAGCUGAAGCUCUGCAAUCUUUAGGAGUUCCUUCACAGUUCAAGGAUGAAGUGUUGUGUAACUUAUGGAGAAGAUACCUUCAGAAGAGCAACCAGGCUUAUUGUGACAAGCCUCACAGACAUGUUAUUCAGGAUACUUUACCAACACAGAGCACAGAUACCGAAACAGAAAGUGAACUAGAUAUUCGGAGACUUCUUGCCUUGGCUUCCUCUGCGAGUGAUACAGAUGCAGCCUCUAAAUCUAGUGUUACAGGUGCUUCUUCCACUAGCAGGAUGUCAGGAAAAUCUGGCUGGUCUGGAUCAGUGGAUGGUGGCUCUAAUUUACAGAGAAGGAAGAAAUGGGAUCUGAGCAUGUCCAUGCCCAUGACUUUAGCUUUUUGCUAUUUGGCAUUGCUCUGGCUGAGAGAGUCAAUUACAUUAUCAGACCUAAUAAGGCUGGUAAUGGAUGGUCAUAUUCCUUACUUGAAUGCUUUUAAAGAUUUCCCAGAGGAGAUGAAGAUGUAUGGGUCUGAUUUCAAGAUAUUUCAUGUACAGUCUUGGCCUACCUAUGAAAAGGUUCAUAAAAAAAUGCAUGCUCUUGCAAAAUAUAUAGAGCUACCCUGCUUUCCUGAAAUUUCAGAGCGCAGCUUCCUUCAUCCAAACAUACUCUGCAUGAAGUAUUUGAUGGAAGUUAACUUGCCCGAUGAUAUACACAACUGGGCUUGCAGAGUAAUUAAAAGAACUGGCAUUGGUGAUAAAGACUUUCUGACUCUUCGUCCUGGGAAUGAACCAGCUGAGAAGGUGAAAUAUGAUAUUCUUGCUGUGGCAACUGUGAUAGUCGUGCUGAAAAUUCUGUUCUUGCUGGAUGACCAGUUUGAGUGGUUUCUAGCAGACUGUGCUGAAGAGCAGAACGAAGACAACAAAGGGUGCCCAGUUUUUGAUAUUAGAAAAUGGUACAUGGUUGUAAAGAAGGUUCUGGAUGAGAAGCAGAAGAAAUUUAAUGAAGAUAGAAUCAGAUAUUUAUGGAGAUGCGAGAAGCCAUUGAUAUAUACAGCCUGUGAAAAACAUGUCGUGUUCAAGAAAAAACGAAUGGCAAUGGACCUUCAAAAGCAAUUUCGUACACUCUCUGGUACGGUGGAACUUCCUGAAAAGCCAAAGCCUUCAGCCUUCCAGCUAAACUGGACUGAGGAAAACACUCAAAGUGAUUGUUUUUAUGGUCAUAGCCUUGCUGGGAUUUUGCAACAAAAAGAUGACAUAUCUAUGACUCUGAACAGAAACUACUGGUUGGGUACUACUAACCUCUGCAAGGAGUGGAUGUGUGGGCGUCGGGCACACUAUAAAGAAUCGGAUUUCCCCCAUACCUAUCGGUUUAUGUUAAAUUUAUUCUCUUUCCUUCUGCGUGUGCAGCCCUCUCUCAUCCACGAAGAAGUAUGUGUAAUAGAACAUAAACUUUUUAAUAAAAAGCUUCAUAAAAAAUCCAGAAUAUUCAAAAUUCCAAAAAGUGAAAUGCUGUAAAUCCCAGAAACCACCUCGAAAAAGUAUAGAUGUAUAGUAGUUGAAAUAAUCUAUGCAGCUGAUUUCUACUUUUAGCAAACUCUGCUGAAAUUAGCCUGGUACGCCAUGCACUCUCUCUCUCUCUCUCUGCAAUUAGUUCACAUGUGGGCCAGGCUCAGAUGACUCAUUGCUUCUGUCUUCCUUCCUUUCUUCUUUUGUGCCUUUGGCUUUAUAGAAUACUACCUGCUUUGCUAAACCACAGUUUCCUGUAACAUUUUAACUAGGGAACUUUGGUUUAAGUGUUCCCUGCAAAACAGGAUUGCAAACAAGAUUUUUUUUCCAAUUGGGAAUGUGAACAUAGUGCUUUUUUGAACUUCCUAUAUUUAAAAAAUAAUUUUAUUUACAAUUGUAAAAAUGAAGUGUCAUGGUUUUUAAAUAAAUAAUAUACAUAUUUCAAA